AUGCGUUCUUUCGCCGUUCUUGCUAUAGCCGCAUCUGUCGCUAUUCCUGUGUUCGUCGCUGCUGCCCCUAUGCUGGCCGACGGCUCUGAGGAUGACUGCUGUGCUGGCAUCAUCAAUCUUGGCAAGGAAGCUCUCCUGGUGUCACGGGGGCCAGUCCUGCCACCGUACAUCCGGUUCGUCGUCGUCAGUGACUAG